AUGUGGCAGCUUGCCUCGUCUCGGGUGUUGCUGAGAACGAUGGGCUGUAUGGGUUGUGCGGCUUCAUCGUCGACACGUACGAAAGCGCCACUAGUGGAUUCUUCCCCCGAUCUGAGAACACGCACAAUUCGAACUGCAUCGAGCAACAGCAGCAACAAUAUGUUCCGACAACAACAGCAUCAAUUUUCGAGGGCUCCCGGUCCUUCGCCAAUCGAUACAGAGGAAAUUGAGCCGAAAAGGAGUAUGGCGGCCGGUGAUGCGAUUAAGUAUGAGACGAUUGAACGUGGAUCUCUGUACGGGACUGACUACCGGAUUUUCAUCAAGGGUCCUGAAGGUGUUAUAUCACCAUGGCACGACAUUCCGUUGUUUGCCGAUGAAGCUAAUAAGAUUUACAACAUGAUUGUUGAAAUCCCACGUUGGACAAACGCGAAAAUGGAGAUGGCCACCGCAGAACCGAUGAAUCCAAUUAAGCAAGAUUUGAAGAAGGGCUUGCCACGGUUUGUGCAUAACAUCUUUCCGCACAAAGGUUAUAUAUGGAACUAUGGAGCAUUACCUCAGACAUGGGAGGAUCCGAACCAUACAGUCCCUGAUACUGGAGCAAAGGGCGACAACGAUCCAAUUGACGUAAUCGAGAUCGGAUCAAAGGUACAGGGACGAGGUGCAGUCGUCAGGGUAAAAAUAGUUGGAACUUUGGCCUUGAUUGAUGAGGGCGAAACCGAUUGGAAGUUAGUAGCAAUCGAUAUUGACGAUCCGAUUGCGGCUCAGAUCAAUAACAUUGCUGAUGUGGAGAAGCAUUUCCCUGGAUUGCUGAAGGCUACCCAUGAGUGGUUCCGCAUAUACAAGAUCCCGACCGGGAAACCGGAAAACAAAUUCGCAUUCAAUGGGGAAUUCAAAGAUCGAGACUACGCACAUAAAGUGAUCAGCGAAACGAACGAGUUCUGGAAAGCACUUAUAAAGGAGGCAUCACCGAAGCUGAAAACGCAGUGCUUUGUGGAAGGAGCAGCACAUCAAGCCACUCAUGAUUUUGCUAAAUCGGUCGUCGACGCAGCACCACAACCAGCAGAACAAAAAGCUCUACCGGAUGAUAUUGACAAAUGGCAUUUUAUACAAGCCUGA